AUGCCUCCAUCCAGAUCAAGCGUGACGAGCGACAACGAGCGUUUGGAACCACGACUCCUCCGCGCCGCCGAAAAUGACGACACAGAAUCGCUCCAGAGAGUGAUCGUGCUGGCGCGAGAAUGCGGGCAACUAAGCGACAAUUUCCUCCGCGUGGGACUGAUGCGUAGUGCUGAGCGGGGCUGUAUUGCUGCAACGGAAUUUUUCCUCAAGAUAGGAGCCAAGACGGACGUUGCGACGAAUCGACCAUCCCCGCUCCUCCGAGCGACUGAGCGCAAUCACUGCCAGAUAGUGAAGUUGCUGCUAGACUACGGGGCGUCGCCUGACAGUGCAGAUAAAGAGGGGCGGACUGCGCUUAUGACUGCUGCGUGGAAGAACUAUGCGGAUUUGUUGCAGGUUUUGAUUGUUCGGGGGGCGAAUGUCGAUGCGAGGGAUGAGAGGAAGAGAAAUGCGUUGCAUAAUCUUGCUGCUGAUAAAGAUUGUCGAUGGGGGUGGGACGAUGGGAUUGUGCAGUUGUUGCUGAGGACUGAUUGUCAGAUUGAUGGGCUGGAUGAAUUGGGUCGGACACCGCUGCACUGGGCUUGCGCGACUGGGAAUCGGAGGUUUGCUGAGUUGUUGCUUACUAGGCCUGAUGGACCGAAGGCUGAUAUUGAGAUGGCUGAGUCGAGAGGCAAGACGGCAUUGCAUAUUGCUACUGUGCAUGAUCGCGCUGAUAUUGUUCAGUUGCUUUUGUUGCACAAGGCUGACAUUAAUGCCUGUAGUGAUGGUGGCUGGACUCCGUUCCACAAUGCGUGCGAGAGGGGCUGUGAGGACAUUGUCCGGAUUUUAUUGCGGCAUGGCGCGAAUAUCAAUAGCCAGCUGUUGAAUGGGGUUACGCCGUUGCAUCUUGCUGCGCAGAGCGGGCAUCGUGAAGUGGUGGAAUGUCUUCUCGAGAGGCCUGAUAUCAAGCGUCGGGUGCGUGAUAACUUCGGGAGCACACCGUUUCUGCGAGCUGCGCAGUUCAAACGAAAGGAUAUCGUGCUGCUACUUGCACCGUUCAAUAACGUCGAUUCUCUCUCCUCUGAUGUGAAGGAUGCUAGUGCGGCGUUCGACGCCACCGUCGUUGAUUUCGGUAACUUCCACAAUGAGAACCGGGUGCAGCGAACGAGUGUUUUCAAUCUACUGUAUGGGCGGGACUCGACGAAUCCUCGCAAGCAGGCUGUAACCACCAUUCCUGCUGAUAGUCGCGCGACUGACUUCCGCUGGAUUCACCUACCAGCAAACAAUAUGGCUUGGGUUGAGGCACUCCUCACCAAGUCCUUUAUCGAAGAGGGUGCGCAUGAUGUCGAAGGCUUCAAGGGUCUCGAGAAGUCUUUCAACUAUCAACAUAGAGGCCAGAAGAUCCAUUCACAUUUCAUGCGGCCCUUAUGCCAGAAUACACCUCGCUCGUUCAGGCGACGAGAGGAAGAGAAGGAGAAGGAGAAGACAGAGGAGUCGUUUGAACCGACGCCAUCAAUCAUGACCGAUAACAGUUCAGUAUAUCGCAAAAUUGACGACUAUGGAAAGAAGAAAAAUAAGGUAAACCAAAAGCACGGCAAGUCGGGCAGUAAUCCCAGUACGUCAAAACCAGACGCCAAAAUCAAAUCGCCGUGGGGAUCCAGCGACAAACUAGCGAAAUCAACGAGCUCAAACAUAUGUAAAGAUCCACACGGGGUCUCGGCAUGCAAUGUUUGUGUCUUCAUGCCAUACCUCCAUUUCGAGACUGCAGAGCGAAGACUGAAAAUGCAAGAAGCAAUCCAACGAGCUGAAAUGCUGAGCUUCCAGCCACGUCGGAAAGAGAGAGUUCGAAGCCGGGACGAAAUGCUGAUCGACGCACAUCUUUCAACUUCCACCACUUCACUCCAUGUCCGCCGAACGUUAGACCAGUUCUUCUACCCGAACAUUGAUACCCAAAGCCGCGACCAGGAUCAAGUGGUAUACCGCUACCAAACUAAAGGUCCUGGACGCGAAGGACCUGGUACUGAUCCGAAGAUAUUCAUGGUUGACCAGCUAUGGAUGUGGGUUUUGGGAACAAAUCUUAUCGUGACCAGCUUCCCGCAGCGGUGGGACCAACCGAAAAAUGAUCCGCUCAACGUGUUGGAUGGCAUUAUCGAGGAUAUCAACUCCAAGACUCGUGAUCCUGUCAAGUCGGUUUAUGACCUUGCCAUCAUCAUCACCAAUCGAUGCUCGGGAGUUUUUGACCGGCAUCGGCUUGGAGAUGACGAGUAUCAAUUCCUGGAUAUGUUUGAGUCCUCGAUCGGCAUUGCUACUGAUAGAGAGACGCUAUUGUUCAAUCGAUUUAACCAUGCCUCUGUGCAGGCAUCAUGCUGGUUAAAGAGCCACCGCAAGCUGAACAGCAGCACAGCCCCAGAAGAGGACAAAUCAGUCAACGAAGAGGAAGACUAUUACGAGGACGGCUCACCAAUAUUCGUCGACCGUCUCCUCGACAUCGGCGAAGAAACUGAUCUCCUCUCUGAAGCAAAGGACAUCCGCGAUGAACUGAACAUGAUCCGCACUGUCCUAGACCACCAGAAGCAUGUACUAGCCGACUUCCAAGAAGUGAUAUGCGAGACAUACCAAGGCCAGCACCGCUCCCAACACGAAGUGAAAAAGCGAUUCAAAGACCAACAGCGAAUGAUUGACAUGCACCUCAAAGACAUCGACCGCAUGGACAAACAAGCCGAACGAAUCUACCACUCCAUCACGGAUCUACUCGAUCUCAAACAGAAACAUGCCAACGCCUUCGAAGCCCGUUUCGCACGCGACCAAGCCGCCGGAACGACCCGCCAAAGCAAGACUAUCAUGGUAUUCACCAUAGUCACAAUCAUCUUCUUACCACUCUCCUUCAUUUCAUCCAUCUUCACAAUCAACAUGAAAGAAUUCGAUAAUCUGAAUAUGCCCUAUGUGGCGAAAUACACGUUCGGAAUUGGAUUCGCCAUUUCAAUCCCGCUCAUUCUGGUCGCGCUGUCUGUCGAUGAUAUUGGCCACUUUUUUCACAGGAGUACGCGCCGGAGUCAACGCUGGCUGGACCAGCGGGAAGCAAAGACACUGAAGUCGGAUAGUGACGAUGUUAAGCUCCAGACAUUGGAAUUUGAGAAGAUUCUUAGUAUAUCCAGGACUCGUAAGAGUACGGAUCUAGCUUAUGGAUCUAGCUUGUUACCUGUCUCAUCGCGUGAUACUACUACUUUGAGACCAGAUAGAUAUCGUUACUGA